ACUAUGUUAGGCUUUAGCAGCUCUGUAAAAUAAAAGAAGUGUUAGGUUAACCGUUAAGACGGACUAUUUCAGGAGACCAAAACAUUUUAUUUACUUGCGGCAUUCUUUUCUCCAAGCAGCAUGAAUUAUCAGGAGAUGGAUAAUAUGAAGAAAAGAACAUAAUGACCUAACUCUACAAGAAAACAAUCCCCAGAGAACACGUUUACCUAUUUCAAAACUCAUUAAAAAAAAAAAAAAUUACCGCAAAGUUGAAAACGGGGGAGAUAACAAGGCGGCCGGGAAAGUGGUCCUAGAAUAGAAGAUGUUAUUUCAGGUUUAAGGGGAGCAGCGACAGUUGCCGAAGCAAAUACCCGCAUUAAGAUGACUGGCCGGUUUCUCUCAUCUAGCAUCUGUGAUAAUGGGAACAGAACAGAAAAAAGAUGGGGCUCCCCACUUCCAACACCGCCACCCAGGCAACCACGGCUGGAAGGAUACAGAAAUUUUCGACUGAAGACUCAAUGUACUGGAGCUCUUUCCACAGAGAGCUAACUGAUAUUUGAAGAAAAUUUUCAUUUCUCCAACCAAGAAAAAUAUGAUUUAUCUUUUCCAAGCCUCACUCUUGUUCUUAAAUCUAUGUAUUUUUACUUGUGGAGAAGCUAUACAAGAUAACUGUGAGCAUCAUUCUACGGAUUCUCCAGGAGUUAACAUUGUAGAAGAUGAAUCUAAUUCAAAAGGUGAAAGUAAAAGUAAUGCUACUGUUUACAAAGAAGAUUGUGAGGAAUCAUGUGAUAUUAAAACUAAAAUUACACGAGAAGAAAAAUAUUUCAUGUGUAGGAAUUUGCAAAAUUCUAUUGUUUCUUAUACACGAAGUACCAAAAAACUACUAAGAAACAUGAUGGAUGAGCAGCAAGCUUCCUUGGAUUAUUUAAUUAAUCAGGUUAAUGAGCUCAUGAAUCGAGUUCUCCUUUUGACAACAGAAGUUUUUAGAAAACAGCUGGAUACUUUUCCUCACAGACCAGUUCAGUCACAUGGUCUAGAUUGUACUGAUAUUAAAGAUACCAUUGGUUCUGUCACCAAAACACCAAGUGGUUUGUAUAUAAUCCAUCCAGAAGGCGCUAGUCAUCCAUUUGAGGUUAUGUGUGACAUGGAUUACAGAGGAGGUGGAUGGACUGUGAUACAGAAAAGGAUCGAUGGGAUAAUUGAUUUCCAAAAGUUGUGGUGUGAUUAUCUGGAUGGAUUUGGUGACCUCUUAGGUGAAUUUUGGCUAGGACUGAAAAAGACUUUUUAUAUAGUGAAUCAGAAGAAUACCAGUUUUAUGCUGCAUGUGGCACUGGAAUCUGAAGAUGACACAUUAGCUUAUGCAUCAUAUGAUGAUUUUUGGAUAGAGGAUGAAACAAAAUUUUUUAAAGUGCACUUAGGACGAUAUUCAGGAAAUGCUGGUGAUGCAUUCCGGGGCUUCAGAAAAGAAGAUAAUCAAAAUGCAAUGCCUUUCAGCACACCAGAUGUUGAUAAUGACGGGUGUCGUCCUGCAUGCUUCAUCAGUGAUCAGUCUGUGAAGAGCUGCAGCCACCUCAGUAACAAUACCGGCUGGUGGUUCAGCCAGUGUGGUCUCGCAAAUCUGAAUGGCAUUCAUCACUUCUCUGGAAAGUUGAUUACAACUGGAAUUCGAUGGGACACAUGGACUAAAAACAACUCACCCAUCAAGAUUAAAUCUGCUUCAAUGAAAAUUAGAAGAACUUACAAUCCGUAUUUUAAAUAAUCUCAUUUAAAAAUUUAAUGCUAUUUUUGAUAAUAUAUAAGAGUCUACAUAGUUCUAUUUUUACUGUUUUAAGCACAUUUGCCAAAAUUUAACCAUAGAUGACAUCUAGGUAUUAUGAAUCUAAUUAGAAAUCUUUAAUUUUGUAGGGUUUUAAUAAAGGAAAACAUGGCUCAAUAUAUGCUUUUACUACUAUCUAUAUUAGUAAUAUAUAAUAAAAUUUGUUUUGAGUGAA